AUGCAGACUGCUUCUACAUACAUUUGUGAAAGACUGUGCAAUAAGUCCAUCCGUGAAAUGUUCUUGCUACUAAAUAUUCCACAGUCAACUGUUAGUGGUAUUAUAUCAAAGUGGAAGCAACUGGGAACAACAGCAACUCAGCCACCAAGUGGUAGGCCACGUAAAAUGACAGAGCGGGGGUCAAGCGCAUGCUUACGCGCAGAGUGCGUAGAAGUCGCCAACUGUCUGCAGAGUCAAUAGCUAAAGACCUCCAAACUUCAUGUGGCCUUCAGAUUAGCACAACAGUAGUGCGUAGAGAGCUUCAUGGAAUGGGUUUCCAUGGCCGAGCAGCUGCAUCCAAACUUACAUCACCAAGUGCAAUGCAAAGCGUCAGAUGCAGUGGUGUAAAGCACGCCACCGCUUGACUCUAG